AUGGAAGUAUUGAACCAAAAGAUGUUCGAGCUAAUGGCCGUUGAAGAUUCGUCAGAGCAAGAAAUGGAUCAAGAGGUGCAGCACGCCGACGAGUAUCGGAAGAAGUAUCAACAUGCGAAGGUAGAGGUCGCAAGAAUAGAGGAAGAGUCGCAGCGACGUAACACAAUGCCACAGAUGCAGGUACGAGAUUACCGACACAGCAAUCUGCCUUUUCAUGAGAACAUACGCACGUUCAAGUUACCUAAGAUCGAAUUAAAGAAAUUCAACGGUGACGUAAGAGAAUGGCUACAAUUUUGGAGCCAGUUCAAAAAUAUACAUGAAGACAUAACCGUAACCAAAGUAGAUAAAUUCCAAUAUCUGCUCCAAGCGAUGGUGCCCGAUACGAGAGCCAGUGAAUUAGUGAACAGUUACCCACCGACAGCUGACAAUUAUGACAAGGUGAUCGCUAGCCUAAAAAGUAGAUUCGGGAAAAACGAAUUGUUGGUCGAAGUUUACGUGCGUGAAUUACUGAAAUUAGUGUUGAAUAACGCGAUAACGCCGAAGGGAAAAGUGUCAUUAACCAGUGUCUAUGAUAAAUUAGAGACACACAUUAGAUCUCUCGAGUCACUCGGUGUGACGACCGAUACAUGCGCAGCGAUGCUGUAUCCAUUGGUGGAGUCCUCGUUACCCGAAGAUUUGCUGCGAGCGUGGCAAAGGCAUACUCAGAUUGCGCCGAGAGAAUUAGGUGACAGUGCUUCGGCUGUGCCCGUCGUUAUUACUCCGAAAGAUCGACUGACAAACUUAAUGGCCUUUUUACAAGCGGAAGUGGAGAACGAAGAAAGAAUCGCAAUGGCAGUUAGUGGAUUUGGUUUAAAGCAAGAGCAGUCAGCAUUAAAGAAGAAGCAAAAGGCUGAUUCCAAUAAUGAAAUUGUUACGGCUUCCGCACUCCUCGCGACAAAAGAAAGCAAAGUAUUGGAAUGCAUCUUCUGCAAUGAGAAACAUGACAGUUCGCAAUGUGAAAGGGCGAGAAAGAUGUCUCUGGAAGAAAGACAAGACAUUGUUAAACAAAAAAACGCAUGUUUCAAUUGCUUGAAAACAGGACACGGCCGUAGAUUCUGUAGAUACAAUAUCAAGUGUGCCUGGUGCAGCAAGCGACACGUUCUACUCAUGUGUCGAGGAAUAACUGCUGAGGGAUCGACGAAGAAAAAUCCGACAGAAGAGCCGACCAAAAAACAAGAGGAAAGUAGUCUGGCGAAUCUUUCGCUGAGUACAGAGAUUUUUCUCCAAACUCUUCGUGUGAAAAUGCGAAAUCAAGAAAAGGAGCGUGUCGUACGAGCAGUAUUGGAUACAGGAUCACAUCGAUCGUAUGUUCUUGAUCGAACAGCCAAGGAGUUGGAUUGUGAGGAAAUCGGACAAUAUAAUAUAGUUCAUCUACUCUUUGGAGGUGUAAAAACUAAACCCCAGCAGCACAAAGGUUACCGUAUUCGACUCAGCAGCUUGGACGGCUCGUAUGCUUGUAAUUUUGAGGCCUUGGGUCAGGAGACCAUUUGUCAAGACAUCCUCGGUAUAAGAAGAGGUCCUUGGGUUCAAGAGUUAUCUCACCAAGGAAUACGACUGACAGAUGUCGGUCAAGUAAACGAACCCAUCUCUAUUCUCAUUGGAGCGGACAUUGCGGGUAAGCUUUUAACAGGCAAGCUACAAGAAAUUGAAUGUGGAGCAACAGCGAUCGAAACUCGUCUUGGAUGGACCGUCAUGGGCAAGAAUGUCCAAGAAAAGACCUCUCGUGUCGAUCCAGCACUAUUGACAGUCUCUAUGUUCACCCGGGAUGCAAAGGUUUCGGAUCUGUGGAGGCUGGAUGUAUUGGGUAUUACCGAUCCAGUCCAAGCAAAAACUAAAGAGGCUCAACUAGAACAAGUAAAAGAUUACUUCCGCCAAACGGUUACGGUGAAUAAUUCCGGACGAUAUGAAGUGUUCCUGCCAUGA